UGGAAUUAAAAUAAUAUAUAUAACAAUUAAAUAUAAAAUAGAGAAUACCAUAAUAGUGGUAUUCAGAUAUGUCGGAGGAAUUUCACUACACAACGACUUUUCUGCCAUUUUAUUCCAGCAGGUAGUAGAAGGUUAUGACACUUCGCACUCCGCGCCGCCGCAUAUCGCCCCGCACCAAGCGGAAAUACCGAGCCAUCAAAAACUUCUUACGAAGAGCAUUAGGAACUUCAUCACAACGGGGCACCAAGACAAGUUCAAGUAUCGAAGUGAGCGUCUCAAAUUUGAAAAGCAAAAUAAUAGACAUCGAGCAGCAGCUUAAUAGCGUCAGUCAACACUGCCAAGAUGUAACUUGCCUCGAAAACAACUUUAGAGAAGAAUCGGAAAAUUCAUUAGUUCAGUUGCAACAAGUAGAAGGCGAAGACAUAAGAAAUACGGGAAACAGCGAUACGAACGACGUAGAAACAAAACUUCUGUACAAGUCUUCAAGUAGCCAACAUCGUAGACCCGAUAGGAACAACACUCUGUGCACCGAUGAGCAUGACGAGACAAAAGAUAUGGAAUCGGCAAACCGAAGCGUUGCCCAAAACAGCCGAGAUUUUCAAUUUAAACAAGAAAAUAUGGAGUUUCAAAAGAAGAAGCGUGAAAAAAAUGAUUUUGAUUUAGUAGAUCGAAGAAGAACACAUUUAAAAACCAUUACAACAAAUCCUAUUUAUUCAACAAGCAGUUUUCACUCUUUGAUUGACUCGGGAAAUAAACAUUGCUCACAACCUGGCUAUGACAGUCAUCGCCAUGAAAAAAGACACCCCAGAAAAGAACAUACCGAACCCUUAAUAGUAAAGGAACACGAAAAUAGAGAAAGAACGCAUGAGAGGGAAUUGAUUGAUGAUCGGCAUAACAAGAGAAGAACGAAACGGGUUUACUCCGAAGUUGAUAAAGAUUUUAUAGCUGAUAUCAUUAAAAGACAGUAUAGACCUGUUAAAUUAUUUGGAAGGAGAGAUUCAGGUUUUAGUCAAUUUUCAGCCCCAGUAUGCCGUGACCAAGAGUUCAUGGUUUGCGAUGAUAUUCAACGAGGAGUUGAGUUAUGUUCAUGCUGUUUUGAUAAGUGCAGAAAGACAAAACAUCGCCACGGUCGGUAUACCGAUCUAAGUGAUAUGAAGAGUAUUUGCGACACUCGUCUUUACAGUAAAAGAAAUAGACGUCAUAAACUUGAAAGAAAUAACACAGACGAUUAUAAUAAUUCAGCUUUAUAUGAUGUUGUUCCUGUCAGAGAAAAAUCAAGCCCAAAGGCGAGAAGAAAGUUUAAGGAAGAUAACAUUUUUGCAUAUCAAUGCUGUAGAGAAGUUCCACCAUCCCCAAGAAGUAAUCGUCCAAAACUUAAUUUAAAAGUACAACAUUACGCAAAUUAUGAAGAUAGUCUGUAUCGCGAAAGACCGAGCCUGAGAAUUUCCCCUACGCGGGAUGGCCGCAAGAAAGUUCUCAAUGGGAUUGAAAGUGACGUCUCGUCCGAAUAUUAUCUCCGGAGAACAAAAGCGGAAAAUUUAAACAAGUCUCGAAAACCUGAUCCAAUUCAUGAAGACGUUGGAACAAUGAGCAGUCUGCAAUAUACCAAUUUCGCUAAUGAACAAUACGUACCAAAUAAUGACACUACACUAAACACCCAGUUAACAGAUGCAACAGCACACAAAACUGACAAGACGCUCUGCGAAAUAAAAGACAUACUUAAAACAUUUUUACUUGAAAUUAAAAAAGAAACUACGUACAGCGAUAGAUCAUGCGGCACGAGUAAAGUAGAUAAUAAACAAAUGACUCUUCACCAGGAAAACACCCAAACAAACUCUAACACUAUACCAAUUAGUGGUGACAGUUUUAAUACCUACAACAUCAGACAAGCCGGUAUGCAGCCCUUUAUGCCAGCUUUUCCAAAUCCCUGUUGUUACCCAAUCGUUCCUAUAUGCCCUGUGAACUGCUUGCAAAAUGGUUAUGUUAUACCAAGUCCUAGUUACACUUGCAAUUUGUGUGCUAAAACUUCAAAAGACCACGAAUGCCCGGAUCACAAAAGUAAACCACCGGAAGAAUUAAAUACGAACAACGAAACCCAGGAGCUCAUUAAGGAAAUAUAUAAAUUUGUUUUACAAAAACCAAAGACACCCCGGACUGAAGAAUGUGGCAAUAUAAACAAUAGUGCUAGGUCAAAAAAUGAAUAUUUAUUUGAAAAUAAGAUUCUACACAACCGAUACGUAGGCGGUUGUACUAAAGCAUCGAAACACGAUGCUAAUGUUGGCACACAUCUACUGAAGUGCUACUCUAAAAGCUGUGAAGCUUUCGGAUCUAAAAUUGCUUCUGAUACAUAUAAUACUAAUGCUAGUUACUCAGAUACUAUUUUAGAAAAGCUAAGCUUCAAAGCCACUCAGUCUUCUAUUGAAACCGACUUAAGUACAGAUGUUCCGGAAGAAAAGGUUAGACGAGGUAAAUUAUCAAAACUGUUCAAUACAUUGAGACUUUUCAAAAAGAAAAAGAGAGAUGUUAUUGAAGAAAUGAAUGAGAGUGAGAGUAUUGCAGGGGUGGAAGAAAAGCGGAGCCCUCCCUUUAAACAGCACAUACAAUGCUACGCAAUGCACGGUCAAGACUAUUUUCAUCCACCAGUACCCGAACAACACUGCUGCUAUUCUCCUUGCCACGAGUGUUUCGGAAACGACUAUGACCCUAGGACUAAUUAUCCACAACCCCCUCAUGAUUUCUAUAACAACCACAAAUACCGCUACGAUCACCCAUCUGCCCCUCAAUACAGCCAAAAAUAUCCAACAGCUCCUCCUUACCCUAACUACGAUCCCUUCUACAACCAGAUUCCACCACAAGUACCUUUAUGCCUCAAAGAGAUUGAAGUGAAAAACGUUGGCACUCAGAGUGAAAGGACAGCUCUAAUGCAGAAAAUCGUCAAGAAGACAACAGCACAGCAACAGCAAGAAGCUUCCCGAUACACUACACCAGGGAAAGAGAAGACUAACUUUUGGAAAUCUUUGCAAGAGAAGGCUUACCAAAACCAAAAUGAUACCAUGAACUUUUCUUUAAAAACGCAGAAGGACCUUGCGCAAGGGGAUAUGAACUUGAAGAACGUGAUGAUGAAAAAACUGUUCUACAAAAAAAAUCCUUUUUCACCCAGAAACUUGAUAAUGCGAACUCUACUCGGAAAGGACAAGUCUAGUUACGGUAAUCCUCCGAAGAUUUUCCGACCUCGUAUGUUCUUGUAAGCGCGUGUUUGAUGUAUGUGGUUUAAAUUUUAUAGUGCUCUUGUAUACAUGUUUGUUUCGUAUUCUUUAUUUCC